CCCAACACUCGGCCCAUAAAUUCGACAGAAGAAGAAUAUGAUGCUAACAUUAACGUCAUCGCAGUUACGAGUGUUAAAAACGAAAUAAUUAGCGAAUUUCACAGUGAAACUGCUGACGUCUGUCUCACAGUGGCUGUGGUCAUGAGCUCAACAUGUCCAGGCCUGUACUGUGGCAGGAUCCUGGUCAAUGGAUCAAUACAUGGAGAGUGUGGCGUUUGUCCUCGUGGAGAGCGGGCUAACCUCUUGAAGGUGUGUGAACGCUGCACAGAGUCACCUGAGCUCUACGACUGGCUGUACCUGGGCUUCAUGGCGAUUUUACCACUAGUGCUGCACUGGUUCUUCAUUGAGUGGCACUCUGGGAAGAAGAGUUCCAGUGCUCUGCUCCAGCAUGUCACAGCCACACUGGAGUGCAGCGUGUCGGCGGUGGUGACUCUGCUGGUUACUGAGCCAAUGGGCGUCCUCAGCAUCCGCUCCUGCCGCAUCCAGAUGUUGUCAGACUGGUACACCAUGUUGUAUAACCCCAGUCCAGACUACAUCAACACGUUGCACUGCACACAGGAGGCUGUCUACCCACUCUACACCAUUGUGUUAAUCUAUUACGCUUUCUGCCUGGUGCUGAUGAUGUUCCUGCGUCCCUUGCUGGUGAAGAAGAUUGCCUGUGGUCUGGGAAAGUCUGACCGUUUUAAGAGUAUCUAUGCUGCCCUGUACUUCUUCCCCAUCCUCACAGUACUGCAGGCUGUGGGCGGUGGCCUCUUGUACUAUGCCUUUCCCUACAUCAUCCUCGUCCUGUCUCUGGCUACCCUGGCUGUUUACAUGUCGGCGUCUGAGAUACAGUCUUUUAAGAAUCUGGUUGUGAAGAAGAAACAUCUCAUCAUCCUGUUUAGCCACUGGCUUCUCCAUGCUUACGGCAUCAUCUCUGUCUCCCGACUGGACAAGCUGGAGCAGGAUCUGCCGCUGCUGGCCCUUGUGCCUGGCCCCGCGCUCUUCUACAUCGCUACAGCCAAGUUCACUGAGCCCAGUCGUAUCCUGUCUGAGGGCGGCAAUGGACACUGAGCCAUUUCUUGUUUUGACACAUCACAUAGAUGUGGUUUGACUAACCCUACCCCCUCCUCCAGACACACACACACACACACACACACACACACACACACACACACACACACACACACACACACACACACACACACACACACACCCCAAAACAAAUCCCUGCCACAUAAAAUUUAAGGCCACAUUGUGAUAAUGUGACAUUGUUUGCAACACAGCUGCUUAACUUGGAAAAUCCAACGAAGAACAAACUCAAAACCUGUUCUCGGCUCAGUGUGAGUUCUUCAGCGUGAUCUGAGAAAGACCUUGUGAGGGAUCUUAACGAUUAUAAGAUUGUCACAGAUUUCUUUUCAGCUCAGAUCCAGUUAUUUCCGGCAGUGGUGGUUGUAACCACCAUCUAUCCAGUGGAACAUUAGUCUGUAGAAA